AUGCAAUCAUCUGUAAUAAAGACAGAUCAUUUUCUUUUUUAUAAUAUUUAUAAGCUUGAACAUUUUACAGAAGAACAAAUUCAAGAGUUUCGACAAGCAUUUCUUCUUUACGAUAAAGAUUCCGACGGUGCCAUUAGUCCUAAAGUACUCGGAAGUGUAAUGAGAACACUCGGACAAAAUCCUACAGAAGAUGAAUUAAAAGGAUUAAUCAAUGAAUUUGAUUGUGAAGGUAAAGGAUUAAUAGAUUUUAAUGAAUUUCUUCAAAUGAUGGCUAAACGAGCUCAUGAACAUAAUGAAGAAGAUGAAUUACGAGAAGCUUUUCGCGUGUUUGAUAAGAAUGGAAAUGGUUUUAUUAAAGUAGCUGAAUUAAGACAUGUGAUGAUUAACUUGGGUGAACAAUUUUCUGAUCAUGAAGUUGAUGAAAUGUUACAAGAAAUUGAUAUAGCUGGAAAUGGAAUUAUUCGAUAUGAAGGUAAGCCAUGGCUCGAGCUUCAAUUUCGAACAGAAAAUACAGUCACAAGAAUCCAUGAACUCGACAACCAGUUAACAUAUCCGCCGGCAGGAAAGGUUCAGAAAGACAUUCUUAAUCGUGUUCUGGGAUCACUACAAGGUCUGGCUAUGGGUGAUGCUCUUGGUGCUCAUGUUGAAUUUCGGCCUUAUCACUUUUUAGAAAAAAACCCAGUGGAAGAUCUUCACAGUGGUGGUACUUGGGGGCUCAACAAAGGAGAGUUCACCGAUGAUACUUCUAUGGCUUUAUGUCUAGCAAAUUCAUUGGUAGCACGAAAAGAUUUUAUCCCUUAUGAUCAGCUCGUUCGAUACAAAUGGUGGUUCAGACAUGGUUAUAUGUCGUCCACAGGAACAUGUUUCGAUAUUGGUGCAGCCACUAAACGAUCAUUGAUUGAGUUCGAGCAUCGACAACAAGCGUUUAUGAAGAAAUCUAAAUUUCCUAAGGAUAAAAUUGACUUUGUCUUAUCUCCCGAUCUGCUAAAAAAAUUCAAUGUCGAUUGCAGCGAAAGUGAUGCUGCCGGUAAUGGAGCUUUAAUGCGACUUGCUCCUGUACCACUCUUCUUUUACCGUUAUCCUGAGUAUGCAGUUGAGUUUUCGGGCGUCAGCGGAAGAACGACUCAUGGUGAUCAAAUUGCUUACGAUGCUUGUCGUUAUUAUGGUGCUUUGAUAGUGGCUGCUCUUCAAGGCAGUAGUUUUGAGGAUUUGCUCGAUAAAAAUUUUUAUGAGAAUCAUUUACCGUGGUUCAACAAUAAACCACUACAUAAAGAGAUCAUAAAAGUUGCAAGAGGAUCUUACAAAAAAUAUGGUGGACACAAAGAUGGUAUUCGAGGUAAAGGAUAUAUUGUUCAAAGUUUAGAAGCUGCGUUAUGGGCCUUUUGGGCUAACAAAGAUUCCUUUGGAAAAGGUGCUCUUGAUGCUGUCAAUCUUGGUGAUGAUACAGACACAACAGCAGCGAUUUAUGGUCAAUUAGCAGGCGCAUACCAUGGCUUUCGUAAUUUACCUGAUAAAUGGAUGCAGCAUAUGUAUGGAAAAGAAUUUAUCCACUGUUUGAGCCAAUGGAUAGUUUACGAAGGACAGAAUUGGAGUCCAGAUAAAUCGCAAACUUUAAUUAUAAAUUUACCUAGUACUCAAUCGCAAUCUAAUCCUAUCCCUACCUCAUCGAGCACAAAUAAACAAAAUUAUCCUGAACACGCAUCUGCAAGUUCAUCACAAGUGAGGCCUAAAUCUGGAGCCUCAUAUGCAAAUAUUGGUUCGACGGCAUCUUCAAAAGAUAUACAGAGACAAAUGAGUACACCUUCGGGAUCAACACAACUCGAUAAUGCUAGUUCAUCCUUCAACACACAACAAACUCAGAAUAGAAAUACUUCCCAACAUUCGACGACUUCACCCAAAGACUACAAUACUGCUGAACGUAAGGGUUCUACUUUUGUCUAA